UCCAUCCCGGCGGGAGGGAGGAGGACGCUGGGCUCCUGACUACCCCACUCGUGAGCUGAGCGGAAACCCAAUGUUUAGGCCCGUUCCUAACCCGAGUUCGAUGUGUGACCUUGGACUUUAUGGUCACCCCGGGCCUCCAUUUCCCCAUCAGCACACAUAGGGUGUGGAUCCUGGACACUGUGCCAGAGUCCAUCUGGGCUCUGGUUAAGUGCCUGUCAGCCGCGGAGGCGGGAAAGAUUGUGAGAUGGGGACUGAGAACAAGGAGGUAAUUCCCAAGGAAGAAGUUUCGGAAGAAUCUGAGCUACACGGUGCAAUAUUAGAACAACUUCCAAAGGUUGUGUACCAGGGUCAUGAGCUUGGAGCAGCAUGUGAAGAAGACAUUUUGGAGGGGCAUUCGAGAGAAUCCACAGAAGAGAUUAUGGAGCAGAUGUCUCCUCAGAAGAGAGACUUUGCAUCAGGGUUGAUUAUCUUUAAGAAAUCACCCUCAAGUGAGAAAGACCAGGAGAGUGAGAGAGUCUGCAGUUCCAGCCCAAACCUGAUUACACAUCAGGAAGAUAUCACAGCAGAGGUAGUUAGUACAUUUGCUACCUCUGGCCAAAACUUCAUAGGGAAUUUAGAACCUAAUCAAACACAAAGGAGUUCUAUGGGAGAAAAACCUCAUACAUGUAAAGAAUGUGGGAAAGCCUUUAAUCAGAACUCACAUCUUAUCCAGCAUAUGAGAGUUCAUAGUGGAGAGAAACCCUUUGAAUGCAAAGAAUGUGGAAAAACAUUUGGAACUAACUCAAGCCUUCGCAGGCACCUGAGAAUUCACGCUGGAGAGAAACCAUUUGCUUGUAAUGAAUGUGGAAAGGCCUUUAUUCAGAGUUCACAUCUUAUCCACCAUCAUAGAAUUCAUACUGGAGAGAGACCUUAUAAAUGUGAAGAAUGUGGUAAAGCCUUCAGCCAGAAUUCAGCCCUUAUUCUGCAUCAGAGAAUCCACACUGGAGAGAAACCAUAUGAAUGUAAUGAAUGUGGGAAGACUUUUAGGGUUAGCUCACAGCUUAUUCAGCAUCAGAGGAUUCAUACUGAAGAAAGAUAUCAUGAAUGCAGUGAGUGUGGCAAAGCCUUCAAGCAUAGCUCAGGCCUUAUUAGACACCAGAAAAUUCAUACUGGAGAAAAACCAUAUCUGUGUAAUGAAUGUGGGAAAGGCUUUGGUCAGAGUUCUGAGCUUAUCCGGCAUCAAAGAAUUCAUACAGGGGACAAACCAUAUGAAUGUAAUGAAUGUGGAAAAACUUUUGGCCAGAACUCAGAGAUUAUUAGACAUAUUAGAAUUCAUACUGGUGAGAAACCCUAUGUAUGUAAGGAAUGUGGGAAAGCCUUUAGGGGGAACUCAGAACUUCUUAGACAUGAGAGAAUUCACACUGGAGAGAAACCCUACGAAUGCUUUGAAUGUGGAAAGGCGUUUAGGCGGACCUCUCACCUUAUCGUCCACCAGAGAAUUCAUACUGGAGAGAAGCCUCAUCAGUGUAACGAAUGUGCAAGAACCUUCUGGGAUAACUCUGAGCUGCUUCUCCACCAGAAAAUUCACAUUGGAGAGAAACCUUAUGAAUGUAAUGAGUGUGAGAAAACAUUCAGCCAGCAUUCCCAACUUAUCAUACACCAGAGAAUUCAUACUGGAGAGAAGCCUUAUGAGUGCCAAGAAUGUCAGAAAACUUUUAGUCGGAGCUCUCACCUCCUCCGACAUCAAAGUGUUCACUGUAUGGAAUGAUCUGCAAAAUAGGAAAGCUUUCUGUGGAAAAGCUGAAGUCAGACUUAUUCAUAAACUGCACUCCAAGUUCUCAGAUCAAAUGAAUGGACAGAACUUUCUCUGUCUUACUGAUUUUUAUUUAAAAGGUCAAAUAGGAUGAGGCACUUUUAUGAACUAUUCAUUGGGAAGUUUCAGUGUACUGAGUUAAAUCAUAAAAUUGUAAUUUUCUCUGUCCCUUUUUCUCUCCCUUCCUCCCUCCUCCCCUAGUGGGUCAUAUAACAUUAGGGGUCUGUACUAGCCAUCUAGCCUAAAUUGUUACUCUUCAGGAUAAAUGGAAGAAUGUGAUUCCACCACCUCCUAAGAAUGAGAGUCAACUCGUUGAAUGUUAUCCUCUGAAAUGUUGGGGAAGUUGUAGCCUAGAAGAUAUACCUUGUUCUUUUGUCCACUGUUUAGCAUUGGAAUAAUUUAGUAAGCUUUUAUUAGCUUCAAAAUCUUCCGAACAUGCUAUCAAGUUCCAUUAGAAGAUGGUGGAACUAAUGAAGAAUUGGGAGGCUUCGGUCAUUCCAUAUUUGUUAGGUUUCCUCAUUUAUCUGAAGAGGAUACCUUGAUGGAGGAAACUCACAGGUAGUUUACAGGAUUGUAAAUGAAGGCCCUUAGAAUCCAGAGGGGCUGAUGAGCAAGGCCAGAUAAACUUGUGAGACCAGACUAUUCAGCCUGGGGAGAAGCAGCUCUUUAGUAGCUAUUCCCCACUUUGGGCUGCUCAGGCCAACUGUUCCCAAGAACUCUGCUGCAUCCACUUUUGGUCUUAGCCCCUGCUGCUGCUGACAGAUCUUGUGUCAGGAAGCAGAAAGAACUAUGCAGCUUCACUGUCACAAGGCACCUGGCCAUAGUGAUAGGCUGGUCCACUUGACUAAACAGGGCCUCCUUGCCAAAGCACUGAAGCUUUCAUGACCUGGGCUCCACUGGCCUGAUAGACCAGGGUAUGAUGGUUUCCUCUUAUUUUGCUUUUGGCCUUGUAAUUCUUUCUUCUACAUGUCUACAUGAGUUUUCUGUGUUCUGUGUGUGCUUUCUUCUUUUAGGAAACACAUCUUCAAUUUUUCACAUGUCCAUGUUUCUGAGGCAGUGGGUGGUAGUGGGAAUUGCACUAAUGGGGGAUCCAGUGGGUUUAGGGUUUGGUAUUAGAGCUAGACCUUGAAUAAAGCACUUCACCUGCUGGUUCCUAAUUUUCUCAUCUGUAAAAUGAGGGGAGUUGAACUAAAUGAUUUCUGAAGUUUCAACCAACCCAAUAGUUCCUUUAUUCUUUUUUUAAAGUCUAACUUUAUGUA